AUGUCCCUGGUGGAGACGAUCCGGCUGUGGCAAGAAGGGGUGUGUGCAGCAGACAGGAAGGACUGGAGCGCUGCCCUGGACGCCUUCACAGCCGUCCAGAACCCCCCUGCCAAAAUCUGCUUUAACAUCGGCUGCAUCCACCUUGUCCUGGGGAAGCUGGCGGAGGCGGAGGAGGCAUUCACCCGGAGCAUCGGCUGCGACAAGCACCUGGCAGUGGCUUACUUCCAGCGGGGGACCGUGUUUUACCGCAGGCAAAACAAUGGAAAGGCCAUUGAGGAUUUCAAAGAGGCACUGGCCCAGCUGCGAGGCAACCAGCUCAUCGACUACAAGAUCCUGGGGCUGCGCUACAGGCUCUUUGCUUGCGAGAUCCUCUACAACAUCGCGCUGGUCUUCGCCACGACGGGGAACUGGGAGAAGGCUGAGGAGCACCUGACUCUGGCCAUGAGCAUGAAGAGCGAGCCCCAGCACAACAAGAUUGACAGGGCAAUGGAAGCCAUCCUGAAGCAGAAGCUCUGUGAGCUGGUGGCCAUUCCUGUGGGGAAGCUGUUCAGGCCAAAUGAAAAGCAAGUGGCUCAGCUGGAGAAGAAGGACUACCUGGGAAAGGCAAUGGUGGUGGCAUCUGUGGUGGACAAGGACAACUUCUCAGGAUUUGCUCCCCUCCAGCCACAGACCUCUGGUCCUCCACCCAGGCCCAAGACCCCAGAAAUCCUCAGGGCCCUCCAAGGGCAGCCGCACCGUGUCAUGUACGAGUUCAUCCCCGAGACCGCUGAGGAGCUGCAGGUCCUGCCAGGAAACAUUGUCUUUGUCCUGAAGAAAGAGAAGGACAACUGGGCUACAGUGAUGUUCAAUGGAAAGAAAGGGAUUGUCCCCUGCAACUUCCUUGAGCCUGUGGAGCUCCACAACAAGCUGCAUAUCCAGGAAGAAACCCCUGUGGAGGAGGAGAUGCCUGAGUCCCCCACCUCCACGGCGCCAGAGAAGCCGCGGCGGCCGGCACCAGGUCAGAACAGGCGCUCAAGCCCGCAGGAGGCCGAGCCACCCGUCCCCAGCCCCCACAUCCUCAAGGUGCAUUACAAAUACACGGUGGCCCUGAGGGUCCAGCCAGGCCUCUCCUACCCGGAGCUCCUGGACCUGGUUUGCAGGAAGCUGGAGCUGCAGCCCCAGCACACGGAGCUGAGGUACAAGCCCGCGGAGAGCCAAGAGCUGGUGACUCUGACUGCAAAGAACCUGGAUGCAGCUUGGAGCCAGAGCAAGGACAACUGCCUCACGGCCUGGUGUGACCUCACGGAGGGAGAGGGGUUUUUACCAGACAGCAAGCCAGAGGAGUCGCCACAGGAGGCCCCGCCGAAGGAGAUGGGACCAACCCAAGUUGUAGCACAGUACAGUUAUGAAGCCACCCAACCUGAAGACCUGGAGUUUCAGGCAGGAGAUGUGAUCCUUGUUUUAUCCAAAGUGAAUGAAGACUGGUUAGAAGGCCAGUGCAACGGGAAGACUGGCAUCUUCCCAUCUGCCUUCAUUCAGCACUGAAGACCCAGAGAAGUGAGACUUCAGAAGAGCUUAAAGUCGUGGAAAAACAUUAAGGAUUCAACUGCUGCCAUUAAGAAGUUUCCAUAUUAAUCCCUGCAUCUGAAAAUGAACUUCAUUAUGAACUUAUAUUAUUGCUACUUGUAUUAAAGGCUUUAUAUUUUCUUUUA